AUGCGGUUCUCCCUCUUCGCCGCCGCGGCAUUCGUUGCUUCGGCCGUGGCACGCAGUUUGCCUGUCGAUGCACCAGUGACUUUGUCCUCUCGACAAACUAAGCUGCCCAGCUCGUUCAAGUGGUCGAGCAGCGAUGUGCUGGUUUCGCCGAAAAAAGAUAGCCACAACAUAGCUGGUGUCAAGGACCCGUCCAUCGUUGAGGUCAACGGCGUGUACCAUGUUUUUGCCAGUGGGGCGAGUGAUGCAGGAUACACGCUUCUGUACUUCAACUUUACAGACUUUAGCAAGGCCAACCAGGCCCCGUUUUACUACCUCGAUCAGAGCAAGAUUGGUACUGGAUACAGGGCUGCUCCCGAAGUGUUCUACAUGAGCUCGCAAAAGCUCUGGUACCUCAUCUACCAAAACGGCAAUGCAGCUUACAGCACCAACCCGGACAUCUCCAACCCAGCCGGCUGGUCCGCACCCCAAGUUUUCUACCCCAACGGCACGCCCGCCACCGUCACAAACAACAUCGGAAAGGGCUACUGGGUCGACAUGUGGGUCAUCUGCGACAGCGCAAACUGUCAUCUCUUCAGCUCCGACGACAACGGCCACCUUUACCGCAGCCAAACGCCCGUAUCCUCGUUCCCCAAGGGCAUGAGCGAGCCCGUCAUCGCUAUGCAGACCACCAAACCCAACGACCUAUACGAAGCGUCCAACGUGUACAGCGUGGGAGGCGGCCAGUACCUGCUGCUGGUUGAGUGCAUUGGCGUAAAGUCCUCACCCGGCGGCAUCCGCUACUUCAAGUCGUGGACGAGCUCGAAUUUGGCGGGGCCGUGGACAGCGUUGGCGGCGACGGAGGCAAAUCCCUUCAUGGGCGCGGCGAACGUGCAGUUUGCAUCGGGGAAGAGCUGGACUGAGUCCUUUAGUCAUGGAGAGAUUAUUAGGACAGUGGUUGAUCAGUCCUUGACGAUUAAGCCGUGCUCAAUGAGGUUUUUGUACCAGGGUAUUAGUCCUAGUGCUAAUGCGAACUACAACUCACUGCCUUGGACUUUGGGUCUGUUGACUCAGGUGGGUAACUCUUGCUAG